CUCGGCCGGCCCAGGCUCCCGCAGGCCCCAGGUGAAUGCUGCCAUCUUGCGGGUGGGCAGUGCGAAGCCCAGGAGCCAAAGGAGACGAGGGGAGGCUCUCCUCCUGCUGCCGCCCCCCAGGGAUGGGGCUGGGCAAAAGCCUGGGCAGGUGCCAGCUCCUCCUCCCAGGCCCUGAUCCUGUGCCCUUCCUGGAGGCAGCCAGAGCUGCGGGCAGCCAUGCUGAGGCCUGUGAGGGUCAGGUUUUGGGCCUGAGCCCCAGAGGGUGGUCCUCCAGAGGGGUACCUGCACUUUUUUUGGGGGGGGGAGAAGCUGUGUAAGAAAUGGGUGCUACAGCUUUUCACUGAGAUAUCUGUGUGUGCGUUCUUAGAAUACACUGGCCUGCAUAUUGCGGAUUUGCAUGUAGCAGGUCAUUGUUAUUCUGAGCUCCCCUCGGAUGGAAAGCGCAACUCGUACAUUGAACAAUUGACCAGGCUGCUUUUUACGUUGCUUUUAAAUAUUUGCAUUUCAUCAUCUAACCUGCCCUGGAAAGAUUCUGUCUGAUGAUGGGAUGGAUCUUGAUAUCUUAUUAAGAAACAUGCAUCUCUUUUACCUCGCCUGGCCUUUGACUGCGGAGACAUAGCUGUCAACGCUUUCCUUUUUUUAAGGGAAAUUCCCUUAUUCCAAAUAGGAUUCCUCACAAGAAAAGGGAAAAGUUGACAGCUAUGUGCUGAGAUAGGACGCUCUCUAGUUGUGAUUGUAAUUGGUUUUAAACUGUUUUUAAUACUGAAUUUUAAAUUGUUGCAAUUCCCUGGGACCUUAUGGUGAAGGGAGGGUAAGAAAUAAUAAUAAUAAAUCACCAUCAGGACAAAACUCAUGGUGAUUUUAUGGUUUGUUAAAGAAUCCAUGGUUUAGGUUGAUGUGCGAUGAGACCUAGGCUUCCUUGGGUGGCUCUCUUUGGAUCUUCUUCCCAAUUCCCUAUGACAGGCCUACUGUUGUGGGGAGAACUGAGCUGGAUGUACAUAUGAAAACGCACAGUACCUCCAAUAAAUAUGGACUAUAAUUUGCAAUUCUGCCCUGUCGCUUCCAACAGAUCAGCUGAAAACCCUCUGCAUUUCUACAGAAACACUCUCAUGGUUAAUGGUUACCCAGGGUGGCUGGGCUUUUAAUAACAUCAUUAUUAAAAACAUAUAUUAUUGCUACUUUUCCAGGUUCCAGUGCGGACCCCGUGCCUUGAAAGCUGGUUCCAAGUCCAGCUUUGCAGGUUCUAAGAAGGCGUUUGGUUCCCUUUGCCCUUCAGCAUCCUCUGUGUGGAUCAGCUGCUCUGUUCUCCCCUGAUGCGAGGAGUCUGUUGUCUGGAGAAAGGCAGAACUUACAGGGAUGAUGGAGGCGGAACGCAGAAGCUGUAAGCAGGGUUGCAUCGGGGUGGGGUGGUGUUUAUAGGAGCCCUGCCCCUGGGUGUGUUCACCAGCCUCAUCAUGCUGCUGAGCGAAGCCAGGACUGGUCCCCGAGGUGUGAUGCUCUCAGAGGCUUGUGUGGGGAGGGGGAGACCCAGAGAUAAAUAGGUACAAAUAAGUAAGGUAAAAGGACCCCUGACCAUUAGGUCCAGUCGUGGCAGACUCUGGGAUUGCGGUACUCAUCUCGCUCUAUAGGCCGAGGGAGCCGGCGUACAGCUUCCGGGUCAUGUGGCCAGCAUGACUAAGCCGCUUCUGGCGAACCAGAGCAGCGCACGGAAACACCGUUUACCUUCCUGCCGGAGUGGUACCUAGAAUCAUAGAAUCAUAGAAUCAUAGAGUUGGAAGAGACCACAAGGGCCAUCGAGUCCAACCCCCUGCCAAGCAGGAAACACCAUCAGAGCACUCCUGACAUAUGGUUGUCAAGCCUCUGCUUAAAGACCUCCAAAGAAGGAGACUCCACCACACUCCUUGGCAGCAAAUUCCACUGUCAAACAGCUCUUACUGUCAGGAAGUUCUUCCUAAUGUUGAGGUGGAAUCUUCUUUCUUGUAGUUUGGAUCCAUUGCUCCGUGUCCGCUUCUCUGGAGCAGCAGAAAACCACCUUUCUCCCUCCUCUAUGUGACAUCCUUUUAUAUAUUUGAACAUGGCUAUCAUAUCACCCCUUAACCUCCUCUUCUCCAGGCUAAACUUGCCCAGCUCCCUUAGCCGUUCCUCAUAAGGCAUCGUUUCCAGGCCUUUGACCAUUUUGGUUGCCCUCCUCUGGACACAUUCCAGUUUGUCAGUGUCCUUCUUGAACUGUGGUGCCCAGAACUGGACACAGUACUCCAGGUGAGGUCUGACCAGAGCAAAAUACAGUGGCACUAUUACUUCCCUUGAUCUAGAUGCUAUACUCCUAUUGAUGCAGCCCAGAAUUGCAUUGGCUUUUUUAGCUGCCGCGUCACACUGUUGGCUCAUGUCAAGUUUGUGGUCAACCAAGACUCCUAGAUCCUUUUCACAUGUACUGCUCUCAAGCCAGGUGUCACCCAUCUUGUAUUUGUGCCUCUCAUUUUUUUUGCCCAAGUGCAAUACUUUACAUUUCUCCCUGUUAAAAUUCAUCUUGUUUGUUUUGGCCCAGUUCUCUAAUCUGUCAAGGUCGUUUUGAAGUGUGAUCCUGUCCUCUGGGGUGUUAGCCACCCCUCCCAGUUUGGUGUCAUCUGCAAAUUUGAUCAGGAUGCCCUUGAGUCCAUCAUCCAAGUCGUUGAUAAAGAUGUUGAAUAAGACCGGGCCCAAGACAGAACCCUGUGGCACCCCACUAGUCACUCUUCUCCAGGAUGAAGAGGAACCAUUGAUGAGCACCCUUUGGGUUCGGUCCAGUCAGCCAGUUACAAAUCCACUGAGUGGUAGCAUAGUCAAGACCACAUUUUACCAGCUUCUUUACAAGAAUAUCAUGAGGCACCUUGUCAAAUGCCUUGCUGAAAUCAAGGUAGGCUACAUCCACUGCGUUCCCUUCAUCUACCAGGCUUGUAAUUCUGUCAAAAAACGAGAUCAGGUUAGUCUGACAUGACUUAUUUUUCAGAAAUCCAUGCUGACUAUUGGUGAUCACAGCAUUCCUUUCUAGGUGCUCACAGACUGUUUGCUUAAUGAUCUGCUCCAGAAUCUUCCCUGGUAUUGAUGUCAGACUGACUGGGCAGUAAUUAUUUGGGUCCUCUCUUUUCCCCUUUUUGAAAAUAGGGACAACAUUUGCCCUCCUCCAGUCUGCCGGGACUUCGCCUGUUCUCCAGGAAUUCUCAAAGAUGACUGCCAGUGGUUCUGAGAUCACAUCUGCCAGUUCUUUUAAUACUCUUGGAUGCAGUUCAUCUGGCCCUGGAGACUUGAAUACAUCUAAACUAGCCAAGUAUUCUUGUACUAUCUCCUUAGUUAUUCUGGGCUGUGUUUCCUCUGCUGAAUCAUUUGCUCCAAAUUCUUCAGGUCGGGCAUUGUUUUCUUUAUCGGAGAAGACUGAGGCAAAGAAGGCAUUGAGGAGUUCAGCCCUUUCUGUGUCCCCUGUUUGCAUUUCACCAUCUUCUCCUCUGAGUGACCCCACUGUUUCUUUGUUUUUCCUUUUGCUACGAACAUACCCAUAAAAGCCUUUUUGUUGCUUUUAACCUCUCUAGCAAGCCUGAGUUCAUUCUGUGCUUUAGCUUUUCUGACUUUGUGUCUACACGUGCUGGCUAUUUGUUUGAAUUCCUCUUUGGUGGUUUCCCCCUUUUCCAUUUUUGUACACAGCCGUUUUCAAUCUUAACUCAGUUAAAAGUUCUUUAGAUAGCCACCCUGGCUUCUUUAGGCACCUUCCAUGUUUCCGUCUCAUUGGUAUAGCCUGACGUUGUGCUUUUACUAUCUCCCUCUUAACAAACUCCCAGCCAUCAUGAACUCCCUUUCCUUUUAGUAUUACUGUCCAUGGGAUCUCACCCAACACUUCCCUAAGUUUUAUGAAGUCGGCUUUCUUAAAGUCAAGAAAUUGAGUCCUAGUAUGCUUGGCUGCUCCUUUACGCUGUAUAGUAAACUUCAGAAGAGCAUGAUCACUUGCGCCUAAUGAUCCUUCCACUUCUACCCCACUAACCAGGUCAUCAACAUUGGUUAGGACCAGAUCUAAAAUGGCUGUUCCUCUUGUUGCUUCUCCCACUUUCUGGACAAUGAAGUUGUCUGCAAGGCCAGUGAGGAAUCUGUUUGACCUUAUGCUCUUGGCUGAGUUUGACAUCCAACAAAUAUCUGGGUAAUUGAAGUCCCCCAUUACUACUAUCUCCCUUCCUUUUGCUUUUUUUUUUUUUUAAAAUAAUUUUUAUUAAAGUUUUAAACAAAGAAAAAAGAAAAAGCAACACACACAAAAAAACAAUACAAAAUUUAACAAUAGAAACACACAACAUAACAAUUUAAAACAAACUCUCUUUUACAUUCCCAAUUUUGAAUUACUUAUUUUCUGGACUUCCUCAUACCUCCCUCUUUUGUAUUCCAAUCUACAUUAUUUGUCCAGCAGUUUCUUUUCCACUUUUUUAAACCCAAUCUUUAAUUUAAUGAAAUAUUAAACUAUAUAGCUUCAGCUUUUUUAAACAUAAUCCUUGUUCUUAAUGUCAUAUACCUUUAAAUUUUUCCCUUUUAUUAUCAAAUUUCCAUUUCUUUAAACAUCUUUAAUCUUAAUCUUUAAUCUUAAUCUAUCCUUAGCUUUAACCUGUACAGCUGGAAACCACUUAUUUUCAAUCCAACAUCACUCUAACAUUCCUUAAUUUUGCAGUGUUUCUGAAGAUAGUCUUUGAAUUUCUUCCAAUCUUCCUCCAUCGACUCUUCUCCCUGGUCACGGAUUCUGCCAGUCAUUUCCGCCAAUUCCAUGUAGUCCAUAAGUUUCAUCUGCCAUUCCUCCAGCGUGGGAAGUUCUUGUGUCUUCCAAUACUUUGCGAUGAGUAUUCUUGCUGCUGUUGUUGCAUACAUAAAGAAAGUUCUAUCCCUUUUUAACACCAUUUGGCCCACUAUGCCCAGGAGAAAGGCCUCUGGUUUCUUGGGGAAGGUAUACUUAAAUACCUUUUUAAUUCAUUAUAUAUCAUUUCCCAGAAAACCUUAAUCUUUGGGCACGUCCACCAAAGGUGAAAAAAUGUACCUUCAGUUUCUUUACAUUUCCAACAUUUGUUAUCGGGCAAGUGAUAGAUUUUCGCAAGCUUGACUGGGGUUAUGUACCACCUGUAUAUCAUUUUCAUAAUAUUCUCUCUUAAGGCAUUACAUGCCGUAAAUUUCAUACCAGUGGUCCAUAACUGUUCCCAGUCAGCAAACAUAAUGUUGUGUCCUACGUCCUGUGCCCAUUUAAUCAUAGCCGAUUUUACCGUUUCAUCUUGAGUAUUCCAUUUCAGCAGCAAGUUAUACAUUCUUGACAGAUUCUUGGUAUUGGGUUCUAACAAUUCUGUUUCUAAUUUUGAUUUUUCCACCUGGAAGCCAAUUUUCCUGUCUAAUUUAAAUGCCUCCAUUAUUUGAUAAUAAUGAAGCCAGUCUCGCACUUUGUUUUUUAAUUUUUCAAAACUCUGCAAUUUCAGUCUAUCUCCGUCUUGUUCCAAAAUUUCCCAAUAUUUCGGCCAUUUGACCUCCAUAUUGACCCUUUUCAAGGCUUUCGCUUCCAUUGGUGACAGCCACCUUGGGGUUUUAUUUUCUAGCAAAUCCUUAUAUCUAAUCCAAACAUUAAAUAAUGCUUUCCUGACAAUGUGGUUUUUAAAUGCUUUGUGUGCUUUGACCUUAUCAUACCAUAAAUAUGCAUGCCAUCCAAAUACAUUAUUGAAACCUUCCAAAUCCAAAAUGUCAGUGUUUUCAAGAAGUAGCCAUUCUUUCAACCAGCAAAAAGCUGCUGAUUCAUAAUAAAGUUUGAGGUCUGGCAGGGCAAAUCCACCUCUUUCCUUUGCAUCUGUUAGUAUUUUAAAUUUUAUUCUAGGUUUCUUGCCCUGCCAGACGAAUUUAGAAAUAUCUUUCUGCCACCUCUUGAAACAGUCCACUUUGUCAACAAUCUGCAAAGUUUGAAACAAAAACAACAUUCUAGGCAAUACAUUCAUUUUUAUCGCAGCAAUACGGCCUAGCAGUGAAAGCUUCAAGUUUGACCAAAUUUCUAAAUCUUUUUUUCACUUCUGACCAACAUUUUUCAUAGUUGUCUUUAAAUAAAUUCCCAUUUUUUUGCUGUCAUAUUAAUCCCCAGGUAUUUAACUUUCUUAACCACUGUUAACCCUGUCUCAUUCUGAAACCUCUCUCUUUCAAACGGUGUUAAAUUUUUCUCUAAAACCUUGGUUUUUAAUUUGUUCAAUUUAAAUCCUGCCACUUGACCAAAUUCUUGAAUCAGUUCUAAAACCCUUUUUGUACUAGAUUCUGGCUCCUGUAACGUCAAUACUAAGUCAUCUGCAAAAGCUCUCAAUUUAUAGUGUUUAGUUCCGACCUGUAUACCUUUAACCAACUGGUCCCUUCUAAUCAUGUUCAGCAACACCUCCAGGACCGAAAUAAAUAGAAGAGGGGAAAUUGGGCACCCUUGUCGUGUCCCUUUUUCAAUUUUAAGUUCUUCCGUCACAACGUUAUUUACAAUUAGUUUAGCCUUUUGUUCAGAAUAAAUUGCACCUAUACCAUUCUCAAAACCUUGGCCUACCCCCAUACCCUGAAGAUUCUUCUUCAUAAAAUUCCAAGAAAUAUUGUCAAAGGCUUUCUCCGCGUCUACAAAUAUCAACACUGCUUUAGUGUUUAUAUUCACUUCUAAUUUUUCCAAAAUAUCAAUUAUAUUCCUUAGGUUAUCAGACAAGUGUCUUCUUGGGAGAAAGCCCGCUUGGUCUUGAUGAAUCUCUUCCAACAACACUUUUCUAUCUCCCUUCCUUUUGCAUGCUUGGCCAUCUGUUCCAGGAAGGCAUCAUCUAUGUCCUCCGUUUGGCUUGGGGAUCUAUAGUAAACUCCCACAAUGAGGUCACUGUUAUUCUUCUCUCCCUUAAUUUUGACCCAAAUGCUCUCACUUUGGCUUUGAAGUUCUAAAUCUUGGAUCUCUUCACAGGUAUACACAUCCCUGACAUAUAACGCCACUCCUCCUCCUUUCUUGUCUGGUCUGUUUCUCUGAAAUAGAUUGUAUCCCCCCAUUAUUACAUUCCAAUCGUGGGACUUAUCCCACCAGGUUUCAGUGAUGCCUAUUAUGUCAUAUUUAGUUUGCUGUACCAAGAGCUCAAGCUCAUCUUGUUUAUUUCCCAUGCUUUGCGCAUUAGUGUACAGACAUUGAAGUCCAUUAAUCAUUCCCCCGUGUCUCUUAUUUAAGGAUUUUUUCCUCCCACCACUAGGUCUGCGUGCUGUUUGCUCCAUUUGGUCUAUGACAUUUGGAUGAUCAUCUUCAUCAAUUGAUUUAUCUACUUGCACUUUGAGGUGCUUUCUAACUGCUAGGUUGGCAGGAGCAGGGACCGAGCAACGGGAGCUCACCCUGUCACGGGGAUUCGAACCGCCGACCUUCUGAUCAGCAAGCACUAGGCUCUGUAGUUUAACCCACAGCGCUACCCGCGUCCCCCUGUACAAAUGAGUACCUCCUGUAAAAAGGGGGGAACGGAACAGCACCUCACAGGGGUGUGGAGGGAACCGAUGGGUCACUUGUGAGUGACAUCAUUAUCAGCUCCCACCUUCCUCCAACAGCCACUCGCGGAGGGCGAAGGAAGCGCCUGCGCUUGUCCUCAGAGCCAUUUGAAAAUACGAAGGAGGUGGAAGCGGAGGAGGAGAAACAGAAUGAGCCACAGCCGGUACCCAAGGCGCAGCCAAGCAGGGCAUACCUACACUGGAUCAAACUCCAGAAACGCCUCCGCCGCGCUCUGGACCUGGUACAUUUCUUGGGGAAGAAGCCGGUCUGGCCAGGGGGAUCCAGGUGUGGCAGCUGUGUCUCAGUGAAAUCCUCAGCACCUGGGGAUCAGGAGAGGAGAGGUGCCAGGGCACCAGCCGCUUGGACCUGCUCAGAAAAUGGCACCAUGCACCUGUCUCAAGUAUCCUCCUGCUGCCUCAGGUGUCGCAGAGAUCUUUCCUGCCAUUGCAAACAGGCUUUUGGAGGGGGCUCACAUGAACCCUCUUGCGGAAGGGAACAUCCAGUGCCUUGAACGGUUAUCGAUUGGUACCUUAUUCCUCUUUUCCUGCUCCCUGCAAAUGUGCUCUGAAUAUCAGGGGCCAACAAGAUGCCUGGGUGAGCCCUCGAGAAAGACCCAGGUCCCUCAGGGCUCUCCUCUCCUCACCUGGGAUUCCUGGCACCUGCCCUUCAGAGGCAUUUUCUGCCUCCAACAGGUGGCAGUAAAACACAGCUGUUUUGCUCUCCUUUUUCUCCAUGAAUGUGGAUCAUUUCCUUUUAAAGAAAUCUAAGUAGGUGACCAUGAUGGCAUAUUUUGGGAGUGAAUUCCAUUUUUUAAACUAUGUGCUCCGUACUGUGGUGCCCCGUUAUAUUUGGGUAGUAGGAGCUGAAAUCCAAACCAUAUGAAGUUGAAGGAGAAUGUCAGGGCCAAGCCCUGUUGGUUGUCCUGAGCUCCUCUGCCUCCCAUUCUGAGCCGCCUCGCAGAAGCAGACAAUAUUUGCCACUCCCUUUGUGGGGCCUUCCUUCACAUGUUUUAUUCCGCCAUCAAGGUGUUUCCCAUCCUCCUGAUCCCCGAGAGCUCUCCAAGGUCCCUGGGACCUCACAGCUAGAGCCAGCGGCAUAGCUAGCCGAUCAGGUGCCGGGUGCGGGGGCGUGUCCUGCAGCUGGGGGGGGGGCGAUCUGCGCCCAUGGAGACGGGGCAAGCCUCUCUGACGCUUGGAGCCUUUAUUAUUAUUAUUAUUAUUAUUAUUAUUAUUAUUAAAUUUUAUUUAUACCCCACCCUCCCCAGCCAAGACCGGGCUUAGGGCGGCUAACACCUGUAUAAAAACAAUUGAUUGAAAUACAACUUUAAAAACAAAAAGAAGAUUAAAAUACAGCAUUAAAAUGCAGCCUCAUUUCAGUAGGAACUCAAAACAAAAACUUUUUGGGGGAUUAAAACAUCAAGUCUUCACCAAGGCCAACUAUCCAGACUGGUCCUACGUGGGCCAGAAAAAAGCCAGGGAAGUCCCCAAAUAGGAGUUCCAUCACAGAAGGAGAAAGGAAAGAGGGGAAGGGGAUCAAGUGGAUUCCAAGCCAAAGGCCAGGCAGAACAACUCUGUCCUACAGGCCCUGCUGAAAGAAAUCAGAUCCUGCAGGGUCCUGGUCUCAUGAGACAGAGCGUUCCACCAGGCCGGAGCCAGUGUUGAAAAGGCCCUGGUUCUGGUUGAGGCUAAUCUGACUUGAUUAGGGCCUCUAGGGUAUUGUUAUUUAUGGACCUUAAGGUCCUCCAUGGGGCAUACCAGGGGAGGCGGUCCCAUAGAUAUGAGGGUCUUCCAACUGCCCUUCAGCUGUAGGGCGGCUGAGAGGUAGUAGGCAGACGCAAGUCCCAUGCUGCUGCUGUUACAGGUAGCGUGGAACCUGCAGGAAUCUAAGCCACCACAUCACUCCUAAAAAGGUUUGUGAGCCCAAUUUUUAAAUUUAAUUCAUUUUGUCACACACACCCUCAGUGAUGACAUCUAGGUCUGGCCGCACCCCCUGCACUCCCCUUCCUCCGCCCCUGGCCUGAGCCCCUGGUGCCCUCAUAGGGGUCUCCCCCCUGUAUGAACAGCUCCCAAGAAGCUUCCAGAAAAGGAAUCAUAACAUGGUCGAGUUGGAAGGGACCCGAGGCUCAUGCAGUCCUGGAAUAAGCGCGUGCAGAGAGCACUCCACUCCCCCCGAUGCUCUUGCUGGUGGUGGGGCCAACGCUGCCUGUCCUUUGUCUUCCUCUUGCAGAUGAAGAAGGAGGACUUGAAGCCCAUCCACCUGAGCCACGGCCUGCAGCACCUGAGUCGCUCAGCCUUGGGCAGCCCCGUGCGGUGCGUGACGCACGAUGUGCACGGGAAUCGCUUUGUGGUGCUUGACUCGGAGAACAAGCUGCACUCCUUGAAGGAGGAGGGCUCCUACAAGAGCUGCCUGAGGGCCCCUGCCCCCAUGGCGGGACUCCUGCACGCCUCCCUGGUCAACCAGUUUGUGGCUUGGGACGAGGGCGGCCUCCAGGUCCUGGACUCGAACUUCCAGCUGCUCUCCCAGGUCCGCUCCACCAUGCCCAUACGAUGCGGGAUCUACAGCGAGAACCUGAACCGGAUCGUGACCGCGGGGGACGGGAACCUGACCAUCUGGGACUUCCGCUACGGCUGCCGGAGCCUGCAGUGCCGCGUCGUCCUGAGUGAGGGCCUGGGGCCCGGAGACGUCUUCUCCCACAUCGCCCUGGACACCAGCAGCUUCCAGCCCCAGCGCUGCUUCGCCUCCAGCACGACGGGCGCUGCUGCCUGGGAUAUCUCCAGUGGGAAACUCCUCUCUUUCAAGAAGGAGCUCCACAACAGGUGAGGCUCCUCCCGGGCCCAGCAGAGAACCGGCCUCCCAGCAAGGAGAGAGGCCCCCACUGGGAACGGGAUGCCCCCAUGGAAGGAUGGGCUUUCAGUGCUGCUCUCUUGGGGGCAGAGCUGGGGCAGGUUCCAUCUUGUUCCGUCUUGGACUAUUUAAGGAGCAGUUCCCAAACUUUUCUGGUCUGCCACCCACUUGGUUCCGUUAAUUCAUUUCCAGUGCCCACCCCCACCCCCGCUCUAUAAAAAGCAUCAUUCGGAGCAAUGGCUUGCACAACCCACUAAGGGAGAUAAUUAUUCCAGAUAUUAAUAUUGUGCAGCUUGAAGCAAUCAGAUGCAUAAAAACUGAACCCUAUUAGAAUACAAAUUAUUUGGACCCAUAAAUCAGAUUCAAAGCUUCACUAACUGGAACUUCUUCAAAAACAGGUACAAAACAAUAGUACCUCCAGAAAGAUGUAUAAAGUGUAUGCAUAUUCAAGCACAGGUUCUUCUUCUUAAAUAUAUAACAUAAUUACAAUCUGCAAAAAUCAAAGCUACCGGUAUGUUUAUUCCAUAGCUUGCUUGCGUGAGCCUGGAUCCAGCCUAAGUCUAUACAGCUCCCGGAGAGGGUAAUUUACACCUCCUUCUCCAUCUGUUCCUGGGAACAAAGAGCCAAAAGGCAACUCCCUUUCAAAAUGGCAAAUUUGCAAUUGAAUACCUUAAUCAUGUGACUUAAGGUUAGACACUCACCUGUAAGAGCAGAGAACAUCAUCAGUUAAUCAUUAACGCACUUAGAGAGCUUCUUCAGAAUGGCCCAGUGGAAUUUUCCACUGCGCACCACCCAGGCUGCGGCUAGUUUGACCCCCACCCCACUCCCAUGACUGAGAAGCACCUCCACUUGACCUCCUGUGGCCCCAGCAUUAUUUGUUUUUAUGAUUUCUUAAAUUUGUUAGUCACUUUAUAUUGCCCAGGGCAACCCAAAGCAACUUGCAACCAAACUUGGGACUUGAGGAGGGAGGGGGUGCAUUUAUCCAAGGAAGCCAAUGGGAAGUAGAUCCCAAAGAGACGGGAGAGAGAGAGAGAGAGAGAGAAUGUCUCUUCGCGCACAAAGCACAACGUCCAGAAUUCUCUCCCCCAAGUUGUGGUGGUGGUGACUGAGCCCUGGGGCUCUGAAAAGGGGGGCAGUUCUUGGUUUGUGUCCUGCCGCUAAUACCUCAGAGCCACCGGACUGAGCUGCUUUGGGAAGUGGAGGGCUGGUCUGCAUGGUCCAUGGAAGCAUAAGAUCAUAGAGUGGUAGAGUUGUAAGGGAUCCUGGAGACCACGCAGUCCAAGAAGGACCUGACGUAACCCGGGCUGCUCUUCUUCGUCUUCUCUCCCAGGGUGAUCACAGACCUCACCUACUGCGAAGUGAUCGGCUGUGCCAUCACGGCCUCACGGGACACAACCAUCAAGGUCUGGGACAAGAACUGGCACAUUCAGAUGGUCUUUGUGGGCCACACGGGUGAGCGUGGGUGCGUCACUCUCAGCCAGGAUGCGGAGAGAAGGGCAACUGAAGAAUCCCCCUCCCAGCCGCUAGGAAGGCCUUUGGCAAGAGACCGACGCCUCUUUCCCCCUUAGGCUGGGACACACUCACAUUCGCAGCACCUCUGGCUCCUGCCUCCCUCGCAGGAGUGGCGUGUCCAAGAGGGGUGCCUCAUCGUCAUGGGGGCAGCCCGGGCUGCAAUGGCCACUCUUUCCUCCUACAGGAUAGUUUUAUGGCCAGAAAGUCAAUGGGGGAGUUUUUCCCAACAUGAAAAUACAACGAUGGGAGGCUGAACCUGUUGAAUUUCUGCCUAGCACACAGCUGCUAAAAGGCAUAAGGGUGCCUAGCAGUUGUUGAUGUUGAAUGUCUCUAGGUCUUUGAUAAGGUCUGCUGAGCCACCGUUGGACAUUUGAAUAUCUAUCCUGGCCAAAACAUCUAGCUAUAUGAAUUAGUACUGGGUUGUAAGGAGAACAAAGAGCUCAAAGCAGGACCAGGUGGAGCCUUUUCUCCUUCCUGCAGCUAUAAUAAUAAUAAUAAUAAUAAUAAUAAUAAUAAUAAUUUAUUAUUUAUACCCGCCCAUCUGGCUGGGUUUCCCCAGCCACUCUGGGCGGCUUGCAACAAAAUAUUAAAAUGCAGUGGUACCUUGGGUUACAUACGCUUCAGGUUACAGACUCUGCUAACCCAGAAAUAUUACCUCAGGUUAAGAACUUUGCUUCAGAAUAAGAACAGAAAUCGUGCUCUGGCGGCGCUUCGGCAGCGAGAGGCCCCAUUAGCUAAAGUGGUGCUUCAGGUUAAGAACAGUUUUAGGUUAAGAACGGACCUCCAGAACGAAUUAAGUUCUGAACCCGAGGUACCACCGUACAGUAGUCUGUUAAACAUUAAAAGCUUCCCUAAACACGGCUGCCUUCAGAUGUCUUCUAAAAGUCUGGUAGUUGUUCUUCUCUUUGACAUCUGGUGGGAGGGCGUUCCACAGGGCGGGUGCCACCACCAAGAAGGCCCUCUGCCUGGUUCCCUGUAACUUGGCUUCUCACAGUGAGCUCUUCUGAAGAUGCGUGAAGGCAUUGAUCCACUCCUGUCUCCAUCCCCACGUAGCUGUGACUGGCUUUGGCCCCCUUUGAGCUUCUUGUGCCCCCCUUCCCCGCCUUGUGCCCCCAGGUCCGGUCGUCGCUGUGACCAUCUACCCUCAGAGGCCCCUCAUCUUCUCCGCCUCCCAGGAUGGCACCAUCCGCACCUGGAACCUCAACACCAUUGACCAGGUGGACCAGGUCCAUUUGUCGGAGCCCGUGGAGACCCUGAAGGCCGUCACCCUUUCUCACGUCGUCUCCGUCUCCGGCUCGUCCCUGACCCUCUGGAAGAUCAACAAGCUCUACUCGCUGUACACGCCCGUGGGCUGCCCCGUCCGGCGCAUCAGCUGCGUCAACCUGGAGGCCCUGGGCAGCUUCCCCGUCCGCGCCCUCUGCGUCUGCCAGGACUCCACCGUGCGGAUGGUGGACGCCCAGAGCGGAGUCAUCAUCGCCAUCCUCUUCCUGGACAGCCCCCGCCAGGGCCUGGACGUGGCGUACUGCCUGCCCCGGGAGACCCUCUUUGUGCUGAUGGAGGAUGGCGCUGUGCUGUGGGUCAACAGCGCCCAGGACCCCAUGCAGGUCAAGAAGAGCCUUCCGGGCCACACCUGGGCGUCUGCCCCCUGCUGCCUCCUGGUCUACAGCCACGUGCUGGACCCGGAGAAGGCCUAUUCCCAGUGGCUGGAUGUGGUGGAUUGCAAGGGCUACAAGAAGCAGUGGCUGAAACGCCCGGAUAAAAACAGGUGAGAUGGACGGGGCGGGAUUCGAGAGAAGCCCCUCUCACCUCCUUCCUUGCCAGGGCUGCCAGGGGGUCUUACUCUCUGGCAGGUGUUGCUGCCACCCUCCUUCCCAACGACUCCUUCGUCCUGCCUGGGGUGCAGCAAAGCAGUUGCUGGCCAACGUUCCCUUAUGAGUUAAUUUGGCAUGUAAAGGCAGCUCACCCUCAGAAGAGCCUGCGGGAUCAAUAAUAAUAAUAAUAACAAUAAUAAUAAUUUAUUUAUACUCCACCCAGCCACUCUGGGUGGUUUUCCCAGCCACUCUGGGCGGCUUCCAGGAAAACAUUAAAAUACAAUAAUUCAUCAAAUAUUAAAAGCUUCCCUUUCAACUCCAUUCCUAAACUCCCAGUAGCAGGAGCUCCAGGCAUCCCGGCACAUGGGAUGCUGAAAACCAGAGUCUGCCCUGCCUAGCAGUGGCCAGGCUCCCCGCUCUGCUGGAAGGAUCAAGGCGCCUGGGCUCUCCUCCUGACACACAGCAGACCACAACAGACACGGCUUUUCCAUGUGCCUUGAAUUCCGUAUUUUACAUUCCCCAUGUCUGCCUGCCUUUUCCUCCACCCCUGCUAUUUUUUUAUUUAUUAAUACUGUAUUUUUUAUUAAUAUUUUAACAAUAAGAACAUCAAACAUCACAUUUCAAAAGCAGGAGCUGUAGAACACCAAAACUAUAAUUUCCCCUUUAGAAACAUGCACAAUCACUGAUUUGGUGUUGAGUCAACAUAUAAAAUCAUGGACGUGGGGGGCGCUAUGAGUUAAACCACAGAGCCUAGGACUUGCCAAUCAGAAGGUAAGCGGUUUGAAUCCCCGCAAUGGGGUGAGCUCCCGUUGCUCAGUCCCUGCUCCUGCCAACCUAGCAGUUCAAAAGCACCUCAUAGUGCAAGUAGAUAAAUAGGUACUGCUCUGGCGGGAAGGUAAACAGCGUUUCCGUGCGCUGCUCUGGUUUGCCAGAAGCGGCUUAGUCCUGCUGGCCACAUGACCCGGAAGCUGUACACUGGCUCCCUUGGCCAAUAAAGCAAGAUGAGCGCCACAACCCCAGAGUCGGCCACGACUGGACCUAAUGAUCAGGGGUCCCUUUACCUUUUACAACAUAUAAAAUCAUGAUAGAAUAUGACAAACUAAUCAAACUACAAGUAAUAGCUAUACCAAGUCAUGAUACACAUAAAAAAAGGAAAUAAAACAAAAAUAUCAUGCAAAGUCUUAAAAUAAAUAAUGCUUUGAGGUGGCUUGAAGUGAGAACAAGAAUGAAACCUUAGACUAUUCAUAUAACUAAAGAAGUACUACUUGUAAGUGGCAGAAUGAUGUUAUUUCCCCCCCAGGUGAGCCAGGUCCACCCAAUAACCUGGGCGGGGGGGGUUAGUAAAUGAUGCCAAGCACACAGUUCAAAGCACUGGUGCAAGAAGAUUACCAGGUUUGGCUAUGCUCAUGAAAUCUAUAAAGUCAACCCAAACUGCAGCAAAAUUCUCUUUUUGAAUUUGUCUUUGUGCAAACCUUUUUCUUUUCUUUGACCGCAUCCAGAUUGGGCUUUUCCUUCCCCCGACCCCAGAAGCUGCCAUUCCACUGCGCAUAUCUGUCUGAACAUGCUUAUCAAAGGACGCUUCUCUUACCCUCCCCCCCUCCCAGGUUCCUGCUAAUUUUAGGGCACAAAACGGGCUUCCUGACCGUGGUGGAGUGGUUUCUGGCCCGAGACCGGUACAAGGUGGAGGCUCACGGCUCCGAAGCGGUCACAGCCUUGGCUGAAUACCCCACGCAGAUGUGUAUCAUUUCGGCAGGUGAGUCCUCUGGUUAGGCAACCCAAAUAUCAGGGAUGGGGGGUGCAGAGGGUGAUCUUCACCCUCCAUGCAUCCUGCCCCCCCAGGCACAUGAGUGCUGCCCGGCAGUAAUACGGGGAGGAGCUCAGACCUCCGACCCACAAAUAUUGAGGGGGAUGAAGCCCCUUCUUCCCUCUAUAGUUGGUGUCUCCAAAGGUCAGAGAAGAUCUUUUGGUAGUCCAGCUCUGGAGCUCCCUCCCCCAGGAGACCCUGACCAACUUGGAUGGCUUUAAAAGAGGAUGAGGUAAAUUCAUAGAAGCCCCUGGAUGUAUAUUUUGCUCUAGGAUACUUAGUUUGGUCAGAAUUGAAUCUACCCUUCUAGAGUUAAUGCUAAAUACAUCGCUUCUGGUCAAUGAGCCACCAGAGCUGCUAGAGGGCCAUGAAAAUUUGUGUCUGGGGCUUUUUAGACUUGCCUGCCCAUCAUAGUUGUCAACAUUUCCCUUUUUUAAAGGGAAAUUCCCUUAUUCCGAAUAGGAUUCCUCUCAAGAAAAGGGAAAAGUUGACAGCUAUGCUGCCCAUACACUCUCUGAAACCCAGGGGGCACAUUGGUUGCCAGAUGUGAAAUAUCACAUUUACUCACCUUUUACAUCGUGAAUAUUAGGGUGCACGUUGGAUUUGAUGGCGCAUUUACAAUCGCCAGCAAAUCCUUUUUUGGUUUCAAGGUUUUGAAAAUUGAGGUGCGCAUUAGAUUUGACGGUGCAUUAGAUUCUCGUAAAUAUGCUAUAUUGGCAAUGUUUUCAGCUCUCCUGCCCCACUGCAAGGAUGGUACAGUUUGCAGCCUAAACAUCUAAAUGAUUUGUGCCCUUCAGUAGUACUUAGAGAGAGAUAGGGGCCAGGAAUUUAGCAGUUCAGAGGUUGAUAUAAAUACAGGGAUGCAAGAAUCAAACCAUUCAUUGACGCCCCCUAUUUUUGGGGACUCAGAUGUAAGAAAAGGGCGGGAGAUGUAUCCGUGCCUAGGUAAAGGUAAAGGUACCACUGACCAUCAGGUCCAGUCGUGACCGACUCUGGGGUUGCGCGCUCAUCUCGCUCAAGAGGCCGGGAGCCGGCGCUUGUCCGCAGAAAGCUUCCGGGUCAUGUGGCCAGCAUGACUAAGCCGCUUCUGGCGAACCAGAGCAGCGCACGGAAACACCGUUUACCUUCCCACCAGAGCGGUACCUAUUUAUCUACUUGCACUUUGAGGUGCUUUCGAACUGCUAGGUGGGCAGAAGCAGGGACCGAGCAACGGGAGCUCACCCCGUCGCAGGGAUUCAAACCGCCGACCUUCCGAUCAGCAAGCCCUUGGCUCUGUGGUUUAACCCACAGCGCCACCCGCGUCCCAUCCGUGUAUAAGACACCCCCUAAUUUUUGACAUUAUUUUUAAGAGGAAAAACCUAGUCUUAUACACGGAAAAAUAUGGUAGUUCUGCUAAGUGGCUACAGCAAAAUUCUGUGACUUUCAACAGUGGAAUCCACCAUAAGAUAUUUAGAAUAUUUGCUGGAACCAAGACCACUGGUGGGGGAAGCGGAGUGCGGGGGGAGCGCACCGCCCCCAGCAGCGCAAUCCCGGUGGGGUGCCAUCGUGGCUGCCCCCCGCCUGCACUGGGCGCCACACCCCUGCAGGUGGCAUGACACGCCCCAGCCCUGCCCCAGCCUGCUCUCUGCCCUCCUGGCGCUGGAGCAUGAAGCUCUGCCACUGAACAAGACCCCCAGUUAGAAGGGACUCGCGCAUCAUGCAGACCAGCCCCUCCAAAACUCAAGGCAAUAACCUGGUGUAGAUCUGCAGAAACCAACCCAGGGACACUGGGUUGGGGGGGCAAGAAGGAGGAAGAAAGAGGAGCUUCCUCUGCCCCGGGGGCUGACCCUGUGCCUCUCCUUGCCCCCGGGGCAGGUGCCGACCGCACGGUGAAGAUGUGGCGCGUCUUCCCCUACACCACGGAGUGCCUGGUCCCGCUGCUCAGCUUCUCCUGCGCCUCCCCUGCCUUGCACCUGUGCUCCCUGGGGGAGACGCUGGCGGUGGCCUUCCAGGACCCCCAGACGGCCACCUAUAGCGUCGUCUACUACAACCUGAUGAAGCAGACGCGCUCCGAGCACAAACCCGAAGACGACGCCCAGGACGACAUCACAGGUGCGCGGGAGCCGGGAGGGCGCAAAGGCCAGGCCGGGGGGGGAGGGGGGCUCGGCUCUCCUGUCUCACGGCUGCCGCCCCCUCGCUGCCUCCCUUCCUCCAGGCCUCUGCUGCUGCCCCAACCUGAAGCUCUUCGCCUCGUCCAGCAGAGAUGGAUCCGUGAAGAUCUGGGACAUCGAAAACAAGCUGCUGCGGUGACUGACGGGCCGGAUUCUGAAUGGGGAAUGGGGGUGUCCUGUGGGCCGGGGCAGCCUCCUGCUCCCGAUGGGGCUCUCUCCUCCUUGCGGCUUUUGCACCCAGCACUGGAAAGCAGGUGCCCUUUAAGCAGAGGCUGGGGACCAUCUGUCCGGGAUGCUUUAGUUGCCAUUCCGGCAUCGCAGGGGGUUGGGCUGGAUGGCCCUUGGGGAGCCCUUCCAGCUGUAAGAUUCUAUGUCUGCCGGCGUGCCUUUGGUGAGCGCGCACAGGGGCAUCGGAAGCUGCAGGCCACAGGUUCCUCCAACUCAGCAUCAUCCACACCAGGGUCUCCCCAGACUUGGUCUCCAGCUGUUGUCAGACUACAACGCCCAUCAUCCCAAGCUCACAGGACCAGCGGUCAGGGAUGAUGGGAACUGUAGUACAAAACCAGCUGGGGACCCAAGUUUGGGGAACCCUGGUCUACACUGACUGGUAGCAAUGGCUCUGGCAGGCUUUGAGCAGGGCUCUCCCCCAGCCUCACCAGCCCCAGUCUGGCACCCACUCAGUUGAGAGCAAGCGCCAUGGGGAUCCAGCAGGCUUGAUUCGGAGCAAGCCAAGUCUGUGUCGUGUCCCACACAGGGAUGCCUGCUUUGCUUGCAGGGCCAUGUGGUGCCCCCUGAUUGUUUUGGAGGCUGUUGGAAGUUUGAAACAUCCGCUAUCCCCAACGCCUCUCCUGAGACCCAAAGCUUCAAAAGAAAAUAGCCGCAGACAACCCUCCUCCUCUGCUUCCCCACCAGCGUUUAGAGUUUCCAUCGCUGCUGCUCUCAAAAUUCCUUUCCCACCUUCCCUUUAAUUUUCCUGAUCCAUCCAUUUCUUGUUUCUAUUUAGAACUGUAGAGUUGGAAGGGACCCCCCAGGUCAUCCAUCCCAACCCCCCACAAUGCAGGAAUCCUGGCUGAAGGAGCCCCAGCAGGUGGCCCCCUGGCCUCUGCUCACAAACCUCCAAUGAGACUUUAUAUUCAUAUCUACCUUUCAGGCAACCGUGCCUUUCCCACACAUGACAACCAAAUGUUUUGCUGGGGUUUUAAAGCGAAGCUUAAGGCGGCCUCCAUGCGUCUUAUGGUUUUAAUGUUUCCGUCCAUGGCAGAGAGUCUGUGCUAGGCCCUCUGCUCUGGCUGCCCAACCGGGGCUUGCGGGGGGUUUAGGAAGGGUCCCUGGAAGCCAAGCUCACCCCCCCUCCCAUUUCUGCCCUGCAGGCACCUGAAGAUGAACAGCAUCCCAGAGAGCCUGGCCUUUGCCAACCACUGGGGGGACCUGCUGGUUGGGCUGGAGAAACACGUCUUCCUCAUCCACCACAACAAGUACCUGCCCAACUACUACAGGAUGAAGGUGGGGCGCCUGGCAUCCCUGGGGGGUGGGGGGCAGGCUCCCCGCUGCUGCCCCCGUGCUCUUUCCUGGGGAGGUCUGUGCCCUGGGACAACGACCCCUUCCUGUCUCCUGCAGCUGCUGUGCGCCAGGUUCCUGGAGCCCCUCAAGGGCGUCCCUCUCCCCAUCAGCGACUCCCACUUUGAGGCUCUGGUCAAGGAGAACGUCCGGCGGCUGAAGCAGGACCCGCCCUUGGAGGAGACCGAGUAAGAUUCUGGACAGCAGCCGAGCACCCAGCACCAGGGGCACAGCAUCUGACUGGCUCCUUCCCUCGCUCUGGUGCCCCUUAGCAGGGCUGCUGAGACAAGGACACCUUUGGAUCUAGCGCUAUCCAUGCACACAGGGCAAGUUGAGGAUGCAAAAUGACAGGUCCCUGCCCCGAGGACCUUACAUUCUGUCAUUUUAGGAGGGGAAAGGAAAUGGAAGCAGGGAAGAAACAGGGGAAUCGGAGUGUUUGUUUGGUCAGUUAGGCUAAGCUGCAGUGUGCCUUUGCGGGGGGGGGGGGGCUGCAGGAGCUCUAGGUGUUGUGGCAAAGGCUCCAUAGAAAGGUUGGCUUUAGGAGGGAGAGGAAGGAGGGCAGAGAGAAAGAUCCCUGCUGGGUCCCUUCCAGCUCUACCAUUCUGUGGUUCUGUUUGGGCAGGCAGUUUCCGGGGCAAAGAGGCCGCUGGGUGGCCCAGGGUGGUGCUGGAGGCUGUUUUCGGACAAGGGAGCAGCUGAGCAUCCCUGGGGAGAGGCCAGGGAGGGCUCCAAAGUCAGGAUGCCAAGCUGCCUCUGGCGUCUCCUCUGUCGCUCUCUCUCUUGCUCUCCUCACGCAGGUCCCCUGUGCCUGGAGCCCGCAGGAUGGCCUUGCAGGAGUCCAGAGUGCUCCGCGACAUCCAUGCCAGGGCGGAGGUAAGACUGCCGCUCCCCCUGAGGAGACCAGAGCCGCUUCAAAGGGCAGCAGAACUGAUUUUAUAAUGAAUUGAUUUUAGAAUGCUGUAUUAUUUUACUGUUGUUAGCCGCUCUGAGCCUGGCUUGAGCUGGGGAGGGCGGGAUAUAUUAUUAUUAUUAUUAUUAUUAUUAUUAUUAUUAUUAUUAUUAGCAGUGCCCUGGCUGGUGCCAAGGCCAGCUCCACAAGAGCCAUGCACGGCCCUGGAGUCCCGUGUGUGAUGUUUCACAAGAGGCGUUGGCGAGGUGGAAAUGAGGGUUCAGGGGAGAGCAAAGAUCAGGCACUUCCCAAGGGGGAAAGCAGGCUGUGAGAGGGGAGAGCAUGUCUGAAGGGGGGGAGAAGGGAUGCCCAAGGCUGAAUCUGGCUGGGCAAGGGGCUCUCUGGCCAUGGGGCAGAGCAUGGGAGGGAGGAGAGAGGGGCAGAGAUGCCUUGAGCCCCUUACCCUCUUGCAGGGACUCUCCCAGAUGGCCGACAGGGACCAGGAUCUGGAGCUGGUCCAGAAGGGGAAAGUGAGCGUGACCAAGAAAUCGCGGCCCACCAAGGAAAUGAAGGAAGAGGCCUUUGAGAAAUACCUGCAGACAUUCUAUAAGCCGCAACCCAAAAUUGAGGUGGGGCUGGGCUGCUUCACUGGGCUGGAGAUGGUGGCAGGGAAGGGGCACCUUCCAGGCAAGGGGGUCUCCGUGGAGGAGGUCCUGCAGCCCCUCCCCGCCUCAGAUGGAAGGGCGAGGGGAGGAGAGGUCAGACUUCCCAGGAGCUUUUUCUCCUUUGAGCAUCUCCUCUGCAGAGCCAUGGAAGAGAGACAGGGGGUAGUUUUGCAUGUUCAUCCAGUUGGGCCGCCUCACGGGUGGCGUUUAUUGUGUCUCCUCCCCUCCGCCUUUUCUCUCCUCCCAGAUUCCGGUGGAGGACACCUUCAAUGCCGAUGAGGUGCUGGAAGCCAUGUGCCGGGCGAAGUCCAUUUCGGAGCUCUAUGGGCCAGACGGCAUGUUCCUUGGGUGCUUCCCUCCACCCAUUUCCCUGCAAGGUCCCGAGACAUUGGAGGUAACUGGUGGGGCGCCCCCCCUGCCCUCCACGCUCUGCCCCAGGAGCCAUGUGGUCUCCUGCCUGGUGUCCCUGCCCUGUCACCGGUGGCUCUGAGCCAAAGGCUGACUCCCACUGACCCUUCCUCAGUUUCCCUUGGCGAGAGAUGCCUUUGAAGCCAACAGGGUGAUACGGCCCUGAGGCUGAGUGUCAGCCUGUCCGCCAGGGCUUGCCAAAGCCUUUUGCCUCCUCGGUCCUGUAUACCUGAAGGAGCAUCUCCAUCCCCAUCGUUCUGCCCGGACACUGAGGUCCAGCUCCGAGGACCUUCUGGCGGUUCCCUCACUGCGAGAAGCCAAGUUACAGGGAACCAGGCAGAGGGUCUUCUCGGUGGUGGUGCCCACCCUGUGGAACGCCCUCCCAUCAGAUGGCAAGGAAAUAAACAACUAUCAGACUUUUAGAAGACAUCUGAAGGCAGCCCUUUUUAGGGAAGCUUUUAAUGUUUAAGAGACUAUUGUGUUUUAAUAUUCUGUUGGAAGCUGCCCAGAGUGACUAGAGAAACCCAGCCAGAUGGGCAGGGUAUAAAUUAUUAUUAUUAUUAUUAUUAUUAUUAUUGUUGUUGUUGUUGUUGUUGUUGUUUUGGGUUGCCUGAGGUGAUGCCACUGAGUCCUUGUCCAAGGUGGCACCUUGGGGCGACUGUGUGGCGCCAUCUUGGUUUGUGAGAGACCCCCUUCCUCCUGCCUUCCCCGCAGGACACCAGCCCCCCUGCGGAGGGGAGCCCACAGGCCGUCCUCUCAACAGCCCCGUCUGUGUCUGAAAUCAAAGAAGCUUUAUCCCCGCUUCCUCCUCCAGUGAGAUUCCUGCUUUUUGGAGUGAGGAGGAGCAAGAGUGAGCAGGUGAGGGUCUUUGGGGGGCAGCUGGAGUGGGGAAGGGGCUGGGGCAGCGGCAGAGGACUGAGAGUGCCCUCUUGUCUCCCAGUUAGGCCUGGCACAAAAGGGAAAGAGACCCCCCAAGGAGAAGAGGAGGAGGCUGCCCCCUCCGGUGCCCCCGCCAGUGGUGACAGCCCCUGAGGAGGUCCUGGAGCCCAGCUCUAGCCCCCCCUUGGACGAAGCGGAGAAAUCUCCCCCCAGCGCAAGACGUCCUUCCCCAGGCCUCAUGCUCUCUGGCAUGGACAUCAGGGGCAGCAAGGUCAAGAUCCGUCGGGCAACGGUGAGAUUCCAGAGGUGGGGGCAGAGGGGUAUGGAAGCAGGAAGCCCACGGACUGACAGACGGGCACACACACAUUAAAAUGUGUGCCCGCCUGAUCCCAGAAGUUGUGGGCGCACUUGAAGCUGCCGCCUUACCCUGAGUCUGACCUUUGGUCUGUCCAGCCCAGUGCUGUCUUCUCUGGCUGGCAGCAAUCACUCUCUCUGCAGGGUCUUCCUCAGAGCCCUUUAACUAGAGUGGGCUAUUUGGGCAGUAAGGCCCUUUGAGCUUGAGAUGCUGUGAAGGAAUGAACCCGGGACCUUUUGUCUGCUGAGAUGGUUUCACUCACACAUCUCUGCAAUCUGAGCAUCCGAUGGAGGGGCUCGCAGCAUCCGCACCCAGCCCAGCCUGCUUCUUCAUCAGACUCAGCUUUGGAUCCAGCACAGAGCAAGCAGGUCUCUGUGGUUCCAGCUUCCAGCCUGCUUCCAGCCCAGCCCAGCUCACAAACAGCUGGGGGUGGGGAGUGGAGGACUAAUGGCCCAUCCAUUAGUCUGGAGGGCCCCAUCACUUAGUUGCAGCUCUUGCAUCCCAGCACAGUAUUUUGGGAGGCUGAUGAGGACACUUCCAUGGCCAACUAGUGUGUUGCCUCCAUCUAUCUUGGAAGACCAUGGAAGAGUCUCUCUUCAGGGGUAAAGUCAAACCGCUGGAGAGUUUUUGUGCCCGCGGUGGCUGUAGAGACCAAUACAGGACAGACAUGUUUUAUGGCAGGAGGGCCUUUUCUGUGGUGGCUCCCCACCUGUGGGAUGCUCUCCCCAGGGAGGCUCACCCAGUGCCUUCCUUACACAUCUUUAGGUGCCAGCCAAAAGCAUUCCUCUUCUCCAAAGGCCUUUGGCUAAUUAAACAAUCUAUUAAACAGUGGGGAGAUGGGGUGUCAUUGCUUUUGUUUGUUACUAUGGUAUGUAUUUUUUCAUUUUUAUAUUGUAAACCACCCUGUGAUCCUCGGUUGGAGGGCGGUAUAGAAAUUUAAUAGAGAAUAACAAGAAUAAUAAUAGUCUUACAAAGGAUCUUUUCUGACUAGUUUGGCAACUUAUUCUGUUGAAUUCUAACCCUCCCUACAUGCAGGGCUCCAAGUAUUGGAAGGGACUCGGGGCAUCAUCCAGACUGAACCCCCCGCCCUGCCCCCGCCCACAGUGACAUUGUGUUUUAAUGUUGCAACCCACCCAGGAACCUUAGGGUGAAGGGCGGGUCAUUAAUAAUAAUCAGUAUAGUCCCCAGAGAGGACUGAAGUCUGGCAAAAGACCCUUCUGAGUUUGGCCUGCAAAGUUAACCCGAGCUCCUCCUUUUCCUUGCCCUUCACCCUAGAGCCAGUGUGGUGUAGUGGUUCAGAGCGGUAGUCUCGUAAUCUGGGGAACCGGGUUUGCGUCUCCGCUCCUCCACAUGCAGCUGCUGGGUGACCUUGGGCUGGCUAGUCACACUUCUCUGAAGUCUCUCAGCCCCACUCACCUCCCAGAGUGUUUGUUGUGGGGGAGGAAGGGAAAGGAGAAUGUGAGCCGCUUUGAGACUCCUUCGGGUAGUGAUAAAGUGGGAUAUCAAAUCCAAACUCCUCUUCUUCUUCUUCUUCUUCUUCAGUUGAGUAAAGACUUGGAUGCAAUCAAAGAGUCCAAAAUGCGUCCUUCCGUCUCACCCCCUUCACAACUGUCCUCAACCCCCAGUUUCCCUGGGGAGCCCAUCAAGAGCGAGAAGGUAAGAGGGCCCCCACCUUGGCUCACCUGCUGCCGCCGCAUCCUUGCCUCCCUUGGGGGCUGCAAUUGGCAGGUGCGGCUCUCAUGGGAUGUCCUCCCUCAGGACCCUGACCAAAGCUUGAUCCUGCCCAAGGCAACCCAAAGUGACUUCCAACCAAACCACGGAAAUGAACAGGUUGGGACCAUCGUUGCCUUAUGAGGGAGCUCCACAGUUUCGCUCUGUGGUGCGUGAAGAAGGACUUAGUUUUAUUUGUCCAGAAUCUUCCUACUCUCAGCUUCGCUGGAGUUCUGACACCACCCCAGAGCCCAGCAGAACCCCCACCCCCCGCAGUUCCCCAUUUCUCUCAGCCACCGCCAGAGGGAGAAUCUCCCCCUCCCCUGUGAAAGAAACGUGGGUGUAAUUCUGUGUCUUUGGGCUCCAGCGCAGGAGGGGCUGGCGAGGCCCCCGAUGUGGACGUUGGCGGGUGUUGGGGUGGUUCUGUGUCCUGUGCUGUUCCCUGGCUGGCGGGAGGCAUUUUGGAGAUGGGGACAGGAGGUGCAAGCGAGGUGAGGGGGAAAGGAGUGGCGUAUGCAGGUGUCCUCCUCUGUGUCUCACCUGGGCGACCAUGGAUUGUGUGCCUAGAGUGUCAUCUUCAAGGAGUCCCCCUCAACAGACGAGAGUCAGGGGUCUCCUUCCUUGCUUGACAAGAGCCAGGGGUCUCCUUCGUCGCCAGGCAAGAGCCAGGGGUCUCCUUCCUCAACAGACAAGAGCCAGGGGUCUCCUUCCUUGCUUGACAAGAGCCAGGGGUCUCCUUCGUCGCCAGGCAAGAGCCAGGGGUCUCCUUCAUCGCCAGGCAAGAGCCAGGGGUCUCCUUCCUCAACAGACAAGAGCCAGGGGUCUCCUACCUCGUUUGAGAAGAGCCAGGGGUCUCCUCCCUUGCUAGCCAGGAGCCGGACAUCGUCUCCAUCUUUCGCAGCCAAGAGCCAGGAGUCCCAUCCAUCUCUGCCAGUCGGGAGCCAGGAGCUGUCUCCCUUCUCGCCUACCAGGAGCCAGGAGUUUUCGCCCAAGUCCCUGGGCUCCGUUUCCCGCAUGAAGAGCCAGACAUCUUCCGUCAUCAUCAAGGGCUUCUUUCCCGAGAGGCCGCCUUCCGGCAGCAAGGAAUACUUCAGACUGCAGGUAGUGAGGCUUCUCUGGGCUGCUGGCUCCUUCCUCUCCCCUUGUCCUCCUCCUCCUCCUCCUCUGGCUCCGGGGAGAGGCCACAAGCCAGUCUGCUGCCAGGGCCUGAGGCAGAGAGUUGGCAAUGCUUCUCCUCUCUGGCAGAACCCUGAGCAGCUGCAUUUCCAGGGACCACUGCUUAGGUGUGCUCUGGCUGGGCAUAAGAAGAGCCUGUCUGCUGGAUCAGGCCCACCUAGUCCAGCAUUGUCUUCUCACAGUGGCCCACCAGAUGGGCAUUAAGGGAAGCCCCCCAGCAGGACCUGAACGCAACACUAUUCUCCCCUCGUUGCCCCCCAUUACCUGGGAUUUAGAUGUAGACUGUUCCUGGGCAUGGAGGUUCUGCCUUCAAAGCAGACCUCUGUAAGAAGAGCCUGCUGGAUCAGGCCAAUGCCUCUCUGGGGGACACCCACGAGGGAGACCUGAGCACAAAAGAGCAUGUGCCUAUGGCUGACAAGCUCUGCGUGACCUUCACAGGAGGGAGUAGGGGAAGAAAUCCAAUUCUGCUCACACUUAAAGCUGAAUUUAGCAAAUUCCCACUUUCCCAAAGAAUACGAGAACUGAAACACAGGCACCUGUUGAAAGCCAUCCAAUAUUCCCUGUGCAGUUUUCCAAUGAAACAAGGUUUACAGAAAUUCCAGAAGGGGUGGGGCAAGCCCCCAAGGUUUGCUGUUGGGGUGCGGAAGGCGACUGCUGUCUGAGCUGCUUUGCUCUCCCUUGCCAGGAGCUGGAGAGCCACCACGCGCCACUGCCCAGGCUAUCGUCUGGCUUCAUCCCCAACUCGGUGGCCGCCCUGCAGUUUCACAGCCAGGAGAUGCUGGCGGAUGAGAGAGAUGAGAGACUCGUGAGGGUGGUGGAGGCGGUAAGGCGGAGCAGGGCGCCCCCCCUGCACCCUCAGGGCCAGGCCUGCUGGGGGGAGGCUGGGGGCCUGGGCCGCGCUCUCGGGGGGACCCUGCCUGGAAGCCUGUGAAAGGAGCAGGCAGGACACAAACUCAGCACCCAGAGAGGACAAACCUUGGCAGGGAGUGUGCAAGACACCCUGGGGCAAAACCACAAGGCAAUGCCUGCUUGCUUGCUGCUUCAGCCUAGCUCUAACUGCUGGUCUUCCCUCUAGCCCAGGGGUGGCCAACUCCCAAGAGUUGUAAAGCCUGGCAGUGCUCUACCCCAGUUUUUGGGGUUCAGGUCAAAGUUGUUGAGCUUUCUUAGGGGAACCAAAGUUGUUUGGCUUCUUUGGGGGGAGCCAGUGAUCUACCCCAGACGUCCAGUGAUCUACCGGUAGAUCGCAAUCUACCUGUUGGACGUGCCUGGAGGCUCCAAAUUGGCCUCCCGCUUGGAAGCUGUCCCGGUUCAGACCUGCUUAGCUUGGGAAGUGCAGCCAUCUCAGGAGGCUGCCUGUGGGUGGGGCACUGUGGGACACAAGGGGGCGGUCUCCUCUUGGCCGAGGGGGCCUGCACUUUCCCUUCUGCUUUUGCUAGGAGACAGAAAGCCACUUGAGAACGGUCCCAGAGUGGAAGGAGGAAGAGGAGCCCAGGACACGGGUUUCUGAAGAGAUCAGCAUCAUCAAACCGAGUACAAAACAGGUAAGCAGGUACCUCUUCCUUACCUGGGAUGGUCCUCCUGCCUCUCUCCUGCUGCUGGCAAGGGAUGUCCUGAGAGGGUCCUGUGUGGCAAGGGACCCAUAAGCAAGGGACCCCCAAGUCAGGCUGUUUCUCUCUCUGUGUGUGGGUCUCCUUUGGUUUCUCCUCAUUUUGUUUUGUUUUAAAUAAACAAAACAAACAAAAGAUAAAUAGCUUAAAGUAUUUAAUGCCUUAGAAAUUAAACUUAAUGGGUAAGUUAGGAUCGGAUAAAAUGUCAGCGAUGUGGAUUAAAUAAAGCAAAUUACACAUACAUCUGGAAUUGUUCUCAAAAACAAAUAUUCUGGAAAUUGGUUCAGGCUAUUAUAUCUAUUAGGAUGUCACAUACCAUUGGACAAAAAAUAUUUCUACUAAAUAUUAUGUAAAACAUGUUAUUCCAGAAAAUGGUCAAGAAACUGUGUUUAACCUUAUAACUGCUGCUAAGAUAUAAAUAGCUAAAAAUGUGGGGAAGCAUAUAUCUGCCUAUAUCUGAAUGGAGAAAAUUUGGUCUAUGGUUAAUUUAGAAAGGAAUGCAUAUUAACCACUCUAACGGGUUUAUGGGAAACUGGCAUUUUUGGCAAUGUUUUGGAGGAACAUUGUGAAAAAUGGUUCCUCCUUUUUAUUCCAGAUGGAUCUUCCUGAGUUCUUCCUGACGCAGCUGGAUGAAUCUCAAUACCCAGAGCCGAAGAAAGAGCCUCCCUUCUUUGUCUUGCCAUUCCUGGACAUGCUGUGGUUCCAAGAUCUUUUUCCUGAGGUGAGAGGCUGAAGGACAAGGAGGAUCUGGAGACCAUCCCUAAGGGCCAAGGAGGGCCAAGGAGUCCUGCUGCCCACAGGACCUUCUCCUUGCCCCAUCCCUUGUCUAGCUGGGGCUCUGCUUGCCACAGACCUGGAAGACAAAGAUUUCCUCUACUGGCAGAGCCACUUUUUGUAUAAAUGGUCUUCUCCCAAAGAAAUAAUGGCAACAGGCUUGCAACCACAGGCUGAUCCUAUAUAUAACAAUAAUAAUAAUUUAUUAUUUAUACCCCGCCCACCUGGCUGGGUUUCCCAAGCCACUCUGGGCGGCUUCCAACAAAACAUUAAAAUACAAUAACCUAUUAAACAUUAGAAGCUUCCCUAAAGAGGGCUGCCUUCAGAUGUCUUCUAAAAGUUUGGUAGUUAUUUUUCUCUUUGAUAUCUGGUGGGAGGGCGUUCCACAGGGCGGGUGCCACCACCGAGAAGGCCCUCUGCCUGGUUCCCUGUAAUUUGGCUUCUCACAGCAAGGGAACCGCCAGAAGGCCCUUGGAGCUGGACCUCAGUGUCCGGGCAGAACCGACUAGCCUGGAAACGACUUUGCUGUCCAACUGUGAUCUGAAGGGAUCUCUAAACCCAGCUGACAAGGACCCCUCCCUUAAGCUCUAGAAAGGUCAAAUGAAAAAGAGCUUUAGAUUUGUGUUUUGAAAGCCCAGAGGAUGCAGAACAGAACAGCUGUGUGUGAGAGAGAGAAAGAGAGAAAGCUUAACAGCCCUGCCACCUAUCACAUGGGGAAUAAUUUUAAUGAGAGACUCCAAAUUCCUGUGUAAACCAGUGAAGUCAAAUAUCAAAGUAUAAACAACUUUAUUUGGGAAAUGUGAGGGGAGAGAAGCAAAGAAAAGAAAAGGGAAAGGUGACAAUAUUUUGCUCACAGACGACAUAUAACUUAGCUAGUUGCGUUUCACCUGCUUGAGUGAGUCUUGGGUUUCAGAGGAUGUGCAGAGUUCUGUGCAGAAAAGAUUCAGAGAGAGCGAGAGUGAGAUUCUUUCCUCGCCUCUGUGGAUGGUUCUGAGGAGACAGAGGAAGUUGAGGGGAUGCCUCCCCUUUAUGGGAAUUUGAGACCGAUAAGCCCCCGUUUCUUAAUGGCGAUGGGGGGUGGUUGUCUGGGCCAGUGUAAAGAGAAACUCCAUCUCUUUGCCAGUGGUCCCAAUGGCCAGAAGGGUAUUCAGAGGCUGUUUCCACCUCCAUAGUUAUUCCUAAACUCCCAUUGCAAAAGAACUAGCCAGUUCUGGAAGGCUGGGAUGUUGUAAAAGUAACAUUAGGUUUUCACCUUAGAGGGAAGGAGGGCUGUUACUCACUGGUAGAACAUUUGCUGCUAGAGACCCCCAGAGAGAGAAGAUAAGCUGUGCACAUUUUAUCUCUAUGGGAGGGUGAGAGGGUGGUAUGAAUGAGCAGAUUCCUCUGGGGCAGCGUGUGGGUCUGGGGCAGGCUGUGUGCACCUUUCCUUUGGGUAAGUUGGCCUCCCGCAGCUCCUGCGACUGCUGGGGCCAUUUCCUUUGCUCUUUCAAGACCCAGCAGGCUCUUCUGGUCCUCCUGGAGGAAGGGCAUCAGCUCAGAGGCGCUCCUAGAAUCCUCGAAUUGGAAGGGACCCCCCCGGGUCGUCUGGUCCAAACCCCCGCAAGGCAGCUUCCCUUCCCUCUCACCAGGGCUUUCCGCCGGAGAUGACCUUGAACGAGUUCUUGACGAAGAUGAUGGCCGCCUUGGUUACCACCAGAGAUUUUGGCCAAAAGGCAGAGCUGGUUUCAGCCAUUGCCAGCCUGAAGGACGAGAUGGGGAAUCGGAUGAACGAGCUGGUCUGCAGCACCUUUAUCCAGGUGUUGAACAAGAGGGACGACCCUCCUUCCCUCCGGGUGAGGGUCACUCUGGGCUCCUCGCUUUGUGCUGCCGUGCAGAUCUUGUCUUGUAUAUUCUGCUGGGGGAACACACACACACGCAUGCGUGGAAGGCUGGCCUUCCACUAUCCCCAGCCACUGGCUCAAGUUUCUGGUCUUCAUAACUGAGCAGCCCCUCAAAAGGAAGGUGGGACCUCCUUUUGAGAGCCAGUGUGGUGUAGUGGUUAAGAGCAGUAGACUUGUAAUAUGGUGAACCGGGUUCGCGUCUCCGCUCCUCCACAUGCAGCUGCUGGAUGAUCUUGGGCUACUCACACUUCUCUGAAGUCUCUCUGCCUCACUCACCUCACAGAGUGUUUGUUGUGGGGAAGGAAGGGAAAGGAGAAUGUGAGCUGCUUUGAGACUCCGUAGGGUAGUGAUAAAGCGGGAUAUCAAAUCCAAACUCUUCUUCUUCUCUUCUUCUUCUCCCCACUGGGUCUGGUGGAGAAGGUGCUUAGGCCCAAGGGAACUUUUAAAGGGGUGGGAGAUGUUUUUGAAGCAAAGCAACAAGGGGAGGAAGGGGAGCCAGCGGUUGCAAGUGCUGCAGAUGUCGUUCCUGAAGACAGUUCUUUCCUUCUGGUGGAAACUGCAUUUUCCCAGGAGGGGAAAGAGAUUGUGUGCCAAAGGCAGCUCUUCCACAGCCAGCAAGUCCCCAGUGUUGUGCGUGCCAGAUGGAAUGUGCCCCCCUUCACCCCACCAGAGAGGGAGGCCCCCCGGCUGUCAAUAGAUUUCAACUUCCCUGCUGGCCAGACCCAGGAGUGACUUGCAGGGCUAUAGAAUUGUAUCAUUGGAGGGGACCCCAAAGGUCAUUCAGCCAAACCCCCUGCAAUCCUGGAAUGCUGUAUCUCAGGGCAGCUGCUUUGCAUAUCCAAGACAUCCCCAUACACCCAGGUUCGUCAUCUCCAGGUUAGGGAGUUUGGAAAAGACCUCUGUCUCUCCUCCUCUCUUUGCCAAAGCCCGUGGGGAGCCACUGUCAGCCAGAGUAGGCACUGCUGGCCCAGGCUGGCCCUUGGCUUUGUGGGCUCCUGUGUCUGCCUGCCAAGAUGCCCUUGUCUUCUCUCGACAUUCCAGGAAAGGAAGCAUCGGAAGUUCAUCCUGGGCACCUUGCAGGCCCUCGUGAAGAUGGACAAGGACAACAAGGACCUGAUAGUGGAGCUCAUGACCUUUUACAUGCAGGCUUACACCCCAGACAAGUAAGGGCCGGGGGGGGGGGGUCACUGGUAGGAGCCUAAGCCUUAAGGGGGGCAGAGGAAACAAAAGGCUUCAGGACAGUUUGUCCAGCUUUUCCAAGUUGCCAGCUGCUCUGGCUGGCUCUAUCUUGAUUGCUCUCUCAAUAAACAAAACUCCCCCUCUUUAAAAGAGAACGAUUUUAAAAGAUUUUACUGCAAGGGCUGUGUUGAAGUUUUGUUUAAAGGGAAACAAAACACAUGCCACAGGUGAAUUGAUUUCAGCACAGCUUCUUUUAUCCGCAUGGUUUUGAAAUCAGGUUUUAGGACCACGCGGAUUUCCAAGUUGCCCGCCCAAAUCUGUUCCCUCAUGUUUGCCUUCAGUUAGCAAGUUACAGGCAGCAGAGACCACCCCCUUGCAUCCUUGCCUAGAUGCACAUUCUCAAAGGGCAGGUGGACAGCAACCGGCAGGGGAGAAGGGGCGUUUAAGGAAAAACAUUCCUCUAACUCAUUGCUCUGACAGGUAUUUUAUGGCUCAGGUCAGCAGAUGUGGUGGAGUGGUCCUGUGGGUGCAAUUCCCCCGCCUUGCAGCGUGAGCCCACCUGCCUCUCUCUCCCUUCAGGGUCGUCAUUCACAAUCUGAUGCAGGAGGUGGGAAUCCAGGACCCCCACAGCUAUUUCAUCAAGGAGCUGAGCUCCUGGCCGGUGGAGGCGAGCCACUCCAAAGAGACAAUGCGAGGAACCUGCGGCCAGUGGCUGGAAGGGAAGAUGCAGGAGCUCAAGGUGCCCCUUUCCCCUUCUCUCUUCCUUCGGCCGGGGAGGGGUCACCUGGCUCCAGCCCCCCCCCGCCCCCCGCUACAGAAUCUGUCAAACUCCGCAAGCAGGAGCCAGGCUGAAAUCUGCAACGCACCCAUUCUCUCCUGGCCUUUUCUCUAGCGGCUCAGAAAGUAAGGUUCCCUCCUCUGGGAAGAAACCAGCCAUUUGCCAGUGAAGUUCCCCAGCCAGCAGCUUCCCCACUUGAGUUGUCUGGGCAGCUAGAAUUAUCUCCCUUCGUCAGAGAGGAAGGUCUUGCUUACAUCGGCUGAGAACAACCUUCAGCUAAAAAGCUAACUUUCAUUAAGGCUUUCAGCCCAGUGGUCAGGGGUUGGGAACUUCAAAUAUGGCCCCCUUGGGCCUCUCUAUCUGGCCCUUGGGAGCUAUGAGCUCCUUGAGUGAUUUAGCCAGGCUGGAAUCUUGAUCUUGAACUGUGGCAGUGGCUCUUGCGAAGGGGUGCGAUUGUGUGUGUAGAUGCCAGUGUGUUGGACAAGGGAGAGUUUUACAUUCAUUGCUCCGCCUACAGCCAUCAGCUGGAUUCCAACCUCAGCAGCCAGGAGCCCAAGCUAUAGCACCAGAAUCCAGUCCAAAUGUCAGGGAGAAUAUGGUUGAUGUGCCAGCCUCUAGAUGCUCCACUUAACCGCCUCUAAUCUGCCAGCAUUUUAAGCAGGAAUGACUCACCUCCCCCCCCCCCCGCUGCAAUAUAAUAAUAAUAAUAAGAAUAAUAAUAAUAGUAGUAGUAUAUUUAUACGCCGCCCAUCUGGCUGGGCUUCCCCAGCCACUCUGAGUAGCUUUCAACAAAAUAUUAAAAUUAAUAUUUUUAUGCCCCCUCCAAUUUGCCAUUAAAAAGAAAUCAACUCCUCCUGUGGAUCCCUUGCUGGGAUGCUAUGACACCAAAAGCUUUUAGCGACACCCCAAAUGUGCUUUUUUAAAAUAAAAAAAGCUUAAUUAUUUCCUGAGAAAAAUGAACUAAAAGCCAUUUUUCACCGACUAUUUCUAUAGAUCACCUGCUAGGAUACUGCGACACCAAAAGUUUUUUAUUUGGUGGGCCCCAGAGACCUCACCCAAAACUUGUCACUUAAAAAUAGAUACUGCCCACGACCCGGGGGCUCCUGCUUUUGAAAGCUGCCUCCAGUGGGGGCCUGGGGUGGGGUCCCAGGCCACAGUUUUUGCACAGCAAAGGGAUUUACCCUUUGGGCAACAAACAAACACUCUUUCUCCACGCUGGAAGCGGCACCUGAUGAUUCUCUUCCUCCCAGGAGCACAGAGCUCAGCUUUUGGCGCAGAAGGUUCCAUCCAGAAGGCAUUAUUCCUUUAAACCUUUCCAGAAGGUAAGAAGUAUUGUGCGUCCAGCCUGUCUUUGCUGAUUAUUGUGGGAAGGAGGAUAGUGAGGGCAGUUCUCACCUUCCUCCGUGUUAUGUAUUGAAGUUCUCACCCUGGGCCAGCAGGGGGAUACUGUAGAUAGUUAUGCAAAUGAAGGAUCGAAAGUGAUGUUCAGUGAUUGAAUAGUUUGUAUGCAAAUGAAGGAUCGAAAGUGACAUUCAGUGAUUGGAUAGUUUUAGAAAGUUGCUACAGUAACUGUUGUACUGGAGCUCUAUAUAAGCAGGCUGACUGAGCCCUUCAGUUCAGUUCAGUUCUGUUCUGGCCUCGGAAUAAACAAGAGCUGUUUGAAGAAUCGCUGUGUCGUCUGAUAUGUUCGUCCACAACUUAACACUCCUCCUCUUCCUCCUUUGCCCCCACCUUCCUGCACCUCUCAGCUUAGCUCCCUUGUCCCCUCACCCAGGGGGUCUCCAUCCUUCAGAGCCCCCCAGAUCAUCCAGGUUUUUUUAAAUUUUCUACUCCGCCUUGUUUAUCGAUGCUCCAGGCAAUUACAAAAAAAGCAAAUGAAAUCACAGUCCGUCCAUUACAAUAUCUAUAAAGAAAGAUGUCUGAAAAUCACCGUAUUUUUCGCUCCAUAAGAUGCACCUAGUUUUUAGAGGAGGAAAGGGGGAAAGCCCCGUUUUUUGGGGGAUCAGCUCACAGUUGUGCAGCUUCUUUUGCAAAGGGGAAAAGCCCCUUUUUUGAGGAUCAGCUCAAAGUUGUUGAGCUUACUUUGCAAAGGGAAAAAAAUCUUGUUUUUAUGGGGUUCAACUCACAGUUCUGCUGCUUCUUUAGGAAAGGAAAGGGAGCCGUUUCUACAGUUUCCGGACAGAUAAUCUAAUCAGCCAGUCACAUGUCGCUGGGGAAACAAACAGCCUCCGUCUGCAGAACAUUCAACGAUGGAGGCCUGGGCAAGGGGCCGGAAAGGGAGCCAGUGAUCAACCACACAUUCGCCCCAUAAGACGCACAGACAUUUCCCCUUACUUUUUAGGAGGAAAAAAGUGUGUCUUAUGGAGUGAAAAAUACGGUAUAUAUAAUUUACAUACGAACUGAAAUUAAUAAUCCAUUGCCUAUCUAGCCACAGUGGUUGAAACGCAUGCUAAGUGAUUUCAAAGCUGGGCUCUGACUCACAUGUUGUCCUCCUUGUUCUAGCAGAAGAGACGCUCCACCAUGGAGACGGAGAGCAAGAGGUCCUCUCCGGAAAGCUACCAAGAGGUGAGGAGGCUUACAGAGGAAUCUUGUGAAGGCAGCCCAGGCUGGGUGCCUGGAGGGGCGGCCGUUCCUUCCAGGCAGCUCUUGCAGCUUCCAUCAGCCACCUGUCCAAAACCUCUGGGGGAUGCCAGGUUGGCCAAAGGCUGACCCUCCAACCGCCCCUCAAAAGCCCCUUGGUACACCUUCUCUGUCUGACCCAGGAGUGGAGCGGCUCUAGCGUGGACCAGGAGAGGCGGCUGAAGGGGAAAUAUUCCCCCGAGAGCUACAAAGAGGUAAGGUCUGCCGAAGAAUCCUGCAAAACCAGGCAGGGUGGCACCUGAGAGCGAGGGGCUGUCCCUGUGCCAGGUAAGGAGGGGCGUCUUCUUCCUCUGUGAUUCUUGUGUUGCAGGGGGUUGGACUAGAUGACCCCUGGGACCCUUCCGACUUUACAUUUCUAUGAAUCACAUUUCUUUUCCCUCCAGGGAAGGCCAGAUCUGUUUAAUUUUAUUCUUUAUUCUGGGUGGCUUGCAGGAGAGAGAGAGAGAGAGAGAAUGCUCAGUCCAGUGGUGGGUGGUUCCCAUGGAGACUGGUGGGGCAGAAGGCAGGAAGCCCCACAGCUUUGGCCCCCAGAGCCAAUGACCAGCCCGUCCUCCCCUUCCCUGUUGAGUUCUCUACAGGGAACGCUGAGACGAAGGAGCAGGAGGAAUCUUGACAGCCAAGGCCACCCCAGGAAAGAGGGCAGCUAGGCAGGUGGGGGUAGUUUGGGGACAGUGCCCCCCCGUCACCCUCCACCAAACCACAGUGCAUAUCGGACAAAAGACAUGAAUCCAAAUAUCCUAAAAAGACAGGCUGGAACAUCUAAUCCUUUCCCCUGGCCACCCACAACAGCCGAUAGCUACCAUACUGCAAGUAUUGAACUGCAAAGUGAGGCUCUCGUUGGCGUCUUCAUUCCAGGUGGGGAAAGACCUGGGCAAGAAGAAGAGGGCAGAGAGGGGAUCCCUUGCGGAGGAGAAGAGGGCGAGGAAGGAGGAGAGUCCACAGGUACGGGAAGACCCCCUUGGAGCUCACCACCCAAAAUGCCCUUUGUUGUCUAACAAAAGGUACCUGCUAUAAGGUAAAGGUAAAGGGACCCCUGAUCAUUAGGUCCAGUCGUGGCCGACUCUGGGGUUGCGGCGCUCAUCUUGCUUUAUUGGCUGAGGGAGCCGGCGUACAGCUUCUGGGUCAUAUGGCCAGCAUGACUAAGCCGCUUAACGCCGUUUACCUUCCCGCCGGAGUGGUACCUAUUUAUCUACUUGCACUUGACAUGCUUUUGAACUGCUAGGUUGGCAGGAGCAGGGACCGAGCAACGGGAGCUCACCCCGUCGUGGGGAUUCGAACCACCGACCUUCUGAUCGGCAAGCCCUAGGCUCUGUGGUUUAACCCACAGCGCCACCCGCGUCCCUAUAAACCUGCUAUAAACAUUCCCUCUAAUGAUGAACUUGGAUGGUUGAGUAUCUGUCAUUUAAAAAAAUAAUAAUUAUUGAGUUUUAAUUUUAUACAUAUAAAACAAAACAAUUUCAAACAUUAAAGUACAAGGUUCUUUCGAACCUUCAGACCUCCUCCCCUCCUUCCAUGGGUUCCAUAUUUAAAUUUAGGUUUACUGCAUCUUUUACCAAAACCAGGAAGAUCAAGUAUCUACUAAAGAUUGGAGUAAAUUUGUAAUUUAUUUAAAAGACAACUGUGAACAGUUAGAAUCUUUGGCAGGGUUGUAAUGACAUGUGUAAUGGUAAUUAUGGUUUUGUAAUAGAUGGAUAAGGGUAAGAGUAUCUGCCAUUUUUAAUGAGGGGGCCGAUGCUAGUGUUGGUGUGCUUUGAAUAGAUUUUAGAGAGAGAGAGUUUUAAUGUUAUUAAUGUUUAAUUGUUUUUAGUGGUUGUUUUUCUACGUUUUCAGCUGUUCUUAGUUCAUCUGUAGGCCACCUUCUAUUAUAUAUAAAUAACAGAAAUAAUAAAUGAAAGGGGAUCUUCCAUAAAUAAGACAGAGUGAGGCCUGGAGAAGACUUGCAAGGCUUCUGAUCUCAGUUGUCUGAAACCCUGAACAUGAGCAAUGCAUUCAGAGACUGAACAACAACAACAACUUAUUAUUUCUACCCCGCCCAUCUGGCUGGGUUUCCGCAGCCACUCUGGGCGGCUUCCAACAAGAGGUUAAAAAUACAUUAAAACAUCAGUCAUUAAAAACCUCCCUAAACAGCCUUCAGAUGUCUUCUAAACGUCAGAUAGUUGUUUAUCUCCUUGACAUCUGAUGGGAGGGUGUUCCACAGGGCGGGCGCCACCACCGAGAAGGCCCUCUGCCUGGUUCCCUAUAACUGGAGAUAUCCUGCCAUGUUUCUUUUUGCAUGUUCUGCAUGUGUCAGAAACAUUUGCCCAAUUGGACUCUGACUGGUGCGUUUUCCUCUGACUUAGGAGCCAGAGGGUGGUGAUGUCACGGACGAUGCAGAGCAGCCAGAGAUGGAGGAGUCAGGAAGCCUGGAGGUGAGGCCACCAGUUCAGAAAGUAUAAUAGAUUGGCAAUCACUCAUGCUAGAGUUCUUUCAAUUAGCAAAGCUGACCGGAAAAGCCAGAGGAGCCCCAAAUCAAAAAAUAUUCAAAGAAUGGAGACUACUCAAAGAAUAUAUAAGAUUAUAUUGUAACAAUGACAUCCUAGCAGAAAUGAAUGAUACUUGUAUAUAAUAAACAAAUGGAAUAAAUAUACUAGAUGAAUAUACAGGAAAAGUUAUAAAACAAACUGUGCGCUAAAAUUGACAAUAGAAAAAGUACAACGAGAACGAUUGGAAGUCUCUUUCAGAAGACUUUAUUAGAAAAGACAGGAUGUUAUAACCAAUAUUCAUUUCUUAUUGUUAAUUCUUUUUUGCUUUUUAUUUUUAUUUUCUUUAUCUUUUUCUAUUAUCUUUUUGUGUUUAAUUUUGAUGUAACUGUCUGUAAUACAUCUAUAAGAUGAUAUUUUAAAUCAAUAAAGAUGAAUUAAUAAUAAAAAAGGAGGUGAGGCCACCAGUUCAGAAAGCCCCUUGUUGGUGGAGUGGAAAGGGGAGAUCCCCCUGCCCCCCAGACUCAGGUUCCCCCCACCUGCUUCUUCCUCCUCCCAUGCCAGAGCCGGCCGGCCCAAGCUGGGCUCCGGACACAGCAGCCCAGAGACUGGACACCUCUGGAGAGGAAGCCCAAGCGCCCCGAUGCUUCCUGUCCAGGCCCAGCUUUGCCCCACGCUAAACCCCCAGCUGCCCCCCAGGGCGACGGAAGUGGCCGCACCAGGGACUCUCAGGGCUGCUCUACUUCUGCAGGCGGAGGCAGCUGAGUUUGGGAUGCAGCCCGUCCGCCCCAUCGACGCCAUCCAUUACUUCGUGGAAAAGCAGCUGGAGAAGGAGCUGGAGGAGAUGAAGCAGCUGGUCUCUUCUUCGCUGAUCUCGCCCAAGGACACCGUCAUGGUCCUGCCUCCCAUUAAGAAGUAAGAGGGGCUGUCACACAGGACACUUGAGGAAGCCCCGGCAAACGCAUGGCUUUUCUGGGUGGUGCUGCUGUUGCUGCUGCCUCCCCCCUCCCAAAUAAUGACCUCACAAUGGCUACUCGCUAGAUCUGCAACACUGAGAAUUCGCACCCGGGCUCCACGAGGCAGAUCAGUUCCCCCGAGCUUGGCAGAAUGAUUCCGUCUGUCCUCUCCACAGAUUUCUGGGGGCAGUGAAGGGCUGGGGGUCCUGUGUGGCCCUCCAGAGGUUGCUGGACUCCAGCUUCCCCGAACACCAGGGCUAAAAGUCAGGGAUGGUGAUGGGAGUUGGAGCCCCAGAGCAAGACCCAAGUGGGGGGGGGGCACAGGCUUUCCGUGGCUGCGGUAGAGUAUAUAAAGAUCCAACAACUCUGAAACACUCUGGGGGGUGUUUCUCUCCCUGUAAUGCUGCCCCAGUCUAGGCUGGUGUGAUGCCCUGGGACUCGGGCUUGGGCUCGGAACCAGAGGAGUCUCAGUCUGCACUGGACCCUUUGCCUCAGGCGGCAUCUGAACCGAGUCUGGGGGCUGAUCCUGAAGAGUCCCAGUCUGCACAGGUUCCCCUGCAACAACACCAGCUGGGCCGAGUCAGGGGCCGGAGCCUGUCCUGGCUCCAGAUGUGGGGGUUACCUCGCUGCCUUCAGCUGGGCCAUCACUUACAGCUGCUCCACUACCGGUUGGGUCAGGGGAGGCGGCCCCUGGGUCUAGUAACCCACCGACGUCUCCCGAGCUGCAGAGACUGAUGUCUGAGAGAAGGAGAGACCUGAGUACUCGCAGGAGGAGUGCUCGCCUUUGGGCGAAACAGGGAGGUGAGUCGCCGGGGGAUCAGGACCAGCCGUUACCCCGACAAAGAUAAAAGGCUGCUGGAUCCUGCCCCAGGUUGCGGGAGCAACAUUGCUGUUUGCCAGAACCUGCCUGAGACCCUGUGCCUGACUGUGCCUGGUUUCCUGCCUCGUGUCCUGUCUUGGCCCUGUCGGACUGACUCCUCACGGAACCCUUGGAUUUGGGAGCAGACCUGGACCACGUUCUCGGGUCACCCCCGGGCCCAGCACAGCCAGGCUCACGGCUGCUGCUCCCCCCAUAUGUGGUGUCUUUGUAAAAGUCCAGAGGGUGAGCCCGGCCUCACUUGCGCAUGCUCCCCGCACAACGGAUCACAGGCUGUGUGAGGGGGCAAGUGCCUUUUCCGUGGCUGCUCUUGGUAAACCCGUGCCCUUGUUGUGACAGGAAGCGUGCCAUCCUGCGGCUCGGAGAAACCAACGCCAUGUUGAGGAAGAGAAUACCCGAGCGUAAGUAGCUGCGGUGGCCGGGGGGGGGGUCUUCACCCCACUGCCUGGCCCUGUGGCUUUUAUCUGCUUGCCCCCAAACAGACGUGACUGGGCCUGGAUGGCACUGGGGGCAAAUGCUCUGCCGCCCCCCACCCAGACCCUGCCCACCCUUCCUCCUGCAGCAGGAGAAACUAAUGUUAGUUCACCAGUUUGACCCCAGAUAACUUUCUGUGACUACAAUUGAUGUGUGUGGCUUGGAAAGAUUUAUUUCAGUCUUUGCUUGUUAGGAUGUUUAUACUCUGCCUUUUUUAUCUGUAAAACAAGACUGGCAAAUCAAGGGCCAGGUUUAGCCUUCGGCAGAGAAGGAGAUGAACAGACACGUCUUUGUAUGUGCCAGCUGCUGGCACCAUCUUGCCAGUUUUGGCGCUUGCACUUAGAUGCCCAGAUGUGGCCUUUUUUAAAACAACUGGCCGCAAUUCAGGGCCAUCAUAAUCCCAGAAACAGCUUUGGAGACUUUUCUGUGGCAGCUCUGCACACACCUGGCAGAUUAAUCCGACAAUCCCUCCUAGAUGCCUAGCCUUGGGCAAGAGGUGUGUCCUGUGUAUUCUGGGGUGUCACUGGCUGGAAAGCAUUCUGGGGGGGGGCAUUUCUACCCAGAAGAGAUUUAUCCCACUCACAGUGAGCGAGCCAAUAUUCCUGUCUGCACAAAGCAGGAAGGCGAAGAUUUUCAUAGAAUGGAGGUAAAUAUUGUGACUAUUGUUGCACACCACCCCAAUCUCUGGACAGCAUGAAAUUCCAGGUGUUCCAGGUACUUUCCCAGGGUUUGUUUCCUUUGGAAUGCGGGGCAGAAGAGACUGCAGUGGCUUUAGGAUCUCUUGCUUAUGUGUACACCACCUGAGCCUGUGAUGGAGGAGUCUACAGCAUUAACACCCCAAGAGAGUCUUGCUUUUCCCAUAGACACAACUGAAAUCAGGCAGAGCUCUGACUCUCAGCUGCUCAACCUGCAGCCUGCCAGCUUCCAGCUUGAAAAAGCAACUCGCAACUCUGGCCUUUGUCUUUGAGGGAGGGGCCCCACCCAUUUGGUUUCUGGCACACAGCCACUUCCUUUGUUACCUUAAUGGCCCAUACAGAGAGGGCCAUUACCUCACUAGGAAGCUAGCCUGGCUAUUCCAGGAAUUGAAACUGUGCUGGAUCCAGGCAUUAGAAGGGGGCCCAGCCCAUAACCUUAUCAUCACCCGCUAAUCCAAGCAAGACACAGGGAUGCUGGUCCAGGAUUUUGGAUGAGGGGGUUCCUUUCCAUGUGGGGUGCUCCUAGGACCUUGGAGCAACGUUGGCCAGGAGUGCCUGAGCACAGCUGUGGUUUGUGUACCUGAUGCAACUUGUCUGGCAGAAGGCAGAUCUGUCCAGGGUCACACCUGCCGUCAUGAUCACAUCUAGGCUGGGUUGGCGCAUGGUCCUGCUUCUGAACAUGUUUAGCAUCUCAGAACGCUGUGACCAGGCUCCUCUUGGGAGCUCAAGAUGUGGGUUAUUUUACUCCACCGUUCUUCUGUCUACAUUGGCUGCUAGUUCAUAUCCAAGCACAAUUCAAAGCGCUGACUAGAUUGACAUUAGAAUUUUAUGGCUACUCUGCUCCUUUAUCUCCUUUGAUCCACUUGAAUUGUUUUUUUAUUGGAUGUACACAAUUUCUUACAUUUUUAAGAGCUGCUUUGUAGGUCUUAGGGACGCGGGUGGCGCUGUGGGUUAAACCACAGAGCCUAGGACUUGCCGAUCAGAAGGUCAGCGGUUCGAAUCCCUGCAACGGGGUGAGCUCCUGUUGCUCGGUCCCUGCUCCUGCCAACCUAGCAGUUCUAAAGCACAUCAAGUGCAAGUAGAUAAAUAGGUACCGCUCCGGCGGGAAGGUAAACGGCGUUUCCGUGCGCUGCUCUGGUUCGCCAGAAGCGGCUCAGUCCUGCUGGCCACAUGACCCGGAAGCUGUACCAAUAAAGCGAGAUGAGCUCCGUAACCCCCGAGUCGUCCGCAACUGGACCUAAUGGUCAGGGGUCCCUUUACCUUUACCUUUGUAGGUCUUUUUUAAAAAAGCAGUUCUAUAAAUAUUUAAAUAAAAGAGAUACCAGUACAUUGAGCUGUUGUUGAAAGCAGAAGUACAGUGGCUGGUUGAAAAACGGGCAGCCGAGUUGUUUCCCAGCUUCCUUCCUCUGCUGGAUUAGAGGAAGGAAAGGAAAGGCGAGGAAGGGAAGGGGGUCCAGGGGCUUCUCCCAUGCCCAACGGCCUUCCUCUUCCUCUUUGUUGUCUCCUUCAAACACAGGCUUCUACUGCCCGUACAUCUUCCCGCGCUACCUCAUGAAGGGGUUUGCGCCCUUUGUGAAACUUCCCCUGCCAAGAAUCACCUUGGACCCCUUCCCACCCAUUCCGAAGAGGCCGGCAUCACCAAAGUCUUUCACCGCCAUGCAGCAGUUGGUGAGGAAGUAUUUCAUCCCCAAGUUUUCGUACGCCGACAACUACCCUUGAAGGCUUCAGGAGACGCCUGGCGUUCCAUCCGAGAGGAGAAAUUCCUUCAGGCUGGGAAUGGCUGGAGGGCUGGCCAGCGCCACGUCUCAUGGUGCCCCAUCCAGGCAGAUGGCAGCGAUGGGAGGCUGCCCGCCACAGAUGCAUCCAGACAAAAUGAAAAGUCAAUAAAAGCAAACUUAUGCCCAAGGUCACCCAAAA